AUGGAUAAAUCAGCGCAUUACAAACAGCUCACGCUGGAACAAGUGUUUGGUGGCUCCAAGCAGAGGGUUUCUACAGCUGAUAGUGGAGAGGGGGGAUCGCGGCAGCCCAAAAAAGCUGCUAAAAAGUGCGCUCCUGCUGCUACUGCGCAUGCUAGCGCGCAGCCUGCACCUGGAAGGAGAGGCCGUGUUUUGGCAAGGCGAGAUGAGGAUGAGAGCAGUUCGGAAGAAUUCACUGAGCCAGACCCGGAUUCUUCGUCAGAGUGGCUCCCAUCUGGGUCUGCAAGCAGCAGAGAGUCCUCCCCUGACGCUUUUACUCGCGCGUCAAGCAGAACCACCGCCAGAGAAGAUUGUGGAUCAAGGAAAGCAGCCACACCCAGGAACCCUGCUGUUGAUAGAACAGCCUCUACAUCGAGCAGUGUCACUGCCAGUGUCACAUCUGCCAGUUCAGUUGGUGUGAAGAAGAGAAAAGUUACAAAGAGUAAAGAUGGCAGCUGGUCUAGGGAUGACUGGAGACCAAAGCUGUUGCUCUAUCCUCCCAAACACAUCAUCCACCGGCAGAAAACUGUGCCCCCGAUAGGAAGCACUGCACCGAUCCUGGGAAAUUCCACUUUCACCAAGGCGAACAGCAUGCUUAGAAGGCUCCAUCCAUGUGUGGAGAUGUUCAUCCUCUAUGGUUUGGCUACUGCCCUUUUCACGGUGGACAACAACUCCAAAGACAUACAGAGCUGUCGAGAAUAG